AUGGAGGAGGGAGUUGUGUUUCACCGGUGGAAGGAAGGGAUAGGGUUCACCAAAAGAGGGGAGGGAGUUCAGUUGUUUGGGGUGGGGGUGGGGUUGGGUUUCACCGGAAGAGGGAUGGAGUUGGGGUUUCGCCGGUGGAAGUUAGGGUUGGGUUUGAGCAGGGAUUUUUGUGUGGCCAAGUUGCCUUGGAAUUAG